GCGAUCCAUCGAUUUCCAUUUUCGCUCGGGCGCAGACGGGCGGCCGCUUUUUUCUGUCGCUACGGGGGGCGGAAAAAAAAAGCAAGCUAUUUCACCGAGUCACUUUGUUCACAUUUUAUACGUCACGUAUCCAUACGGCGGAGGAUACCGCUAUAAUGGGUGUUUUCCACGGAAGCGGACAUUGUAGCAGUUUACGUGUGUGCAGAUUCUGAUUAUAAAACACCAACAACACAUCCUGACGCCCGCAAGCUAACGUUACUUCUCCCCGCUGUCCGGUGGUGCCGCCUUGGAUAGAGUCGUCAAACGAAUAUAAAAGCAGUCUUACUUAGGAGUCCGAACUGAGCAGCAAGAAUGUCUGGGGCGUCUGUAAAAGUUGCUGUUCGAGUCCGACCCUUCAACUCCAGGGAAACGAGCAAGGAGUCAAAAUGCAUCAUUCAGAUGCAAGGCAACACUACAACUAUCCUGAACCCCAAAGCCCCCAAAGAACCAGCAAAAACCUUCAGCUUCGAUUACUCCUACUGGUCACACACCACGCCAGAAGACCCCUGCUUUGCGUCACAGAACCGUGUGUACAACGACAUCGGAAAGGAAAUGCUAGAGCAUGCUUUCGAGGGCUACAACGUCUGCAUCUUUGCCUACGGCCAGACUGGAGCUGGCAAAUCCUACACCAUGAUGGGCAAGCAGGAGGAGGGACAGGAAGGAAUCAUUCCCAUGCUUUGUGAAGAUCUAUUUGAGAAGAUCAAUGAAGACUGCAACAAAGAGGAACUGUCCUACUCAGUGGAGGUGAGUUACAUGGAGAUCUACUGUGAACGGGUGCGAGAUUUGCUCAAUCCUAAAAACAAAGGGAACCUGAGGGUGCGAGAGCAUCCGCUGCUGGGUCCCUACGUGGAGGACCUGUCCAAGCUAGCUGUUACAUCCUACACAGACAUUGCUGAUUUAAUGGAUGCAGGAAACAAAGCAAGAACCGUUGCUGCUACCAACAUGAACGAGACCAGCAGCAGGUCCCAUGCUGUUUUCACCAUCGUCUUCACACAGAAGAAACAUGACAGCGAGACGGACCUCACCACAGAAAAGGUCAGUAAAAUUAGUCUGGUAGACUUGGCAGGAAGUGAACGUGCAGAUUCCACUGGAGCCAAAGGUACCAGACUAAAGGAGGGAGCAAAUAUCAACAAAUCUCUCACCACAUUAGGGAAAGUCAUCUCUGCCUUGGCUGAAGUGGAUAACUGUACCAGCAAGAGCAAGAAAAAGAAAAAGUCGGACUUCAUCCCUUACAGAGAUUCUGUUCUGACCUGGCUGCUGAGGGAGAACCUUGGUGGUAAUUCAAGAACAGCCAUGGUAGCUGCCCUCAGUCCUGCAGAUAUCAACUACGAUGAAACUCUCAGUACACUUCGCUAUGCUGACCGAGCCAAGAACAUCAAAUGCAACGCUGUUAUCAAUGAGGAUCCCAACAAUAAGUUGGUGCGUGAGCUGAAGGACGAAGUGGCCCGACUGAAGGAGCUGCUCCGUGCUCAGGGCCUGGGAGACAUCCUGGACAUUGAUCCAAUGGGGGAUGAUUACCCAGGAAGUGGAAUCAAAUACCUCAAAGACAUUCAGAACAAUAAGAAUAGAUACUUGAUAGCCUCAGAGAACCAACGCCCUGGCCAUUUCUCCACAGCCCCUAUUGGUUCCCUGACAGCUUCUCCGUCCUCUGGCGCAUUGUGCAACCAGGGGGGUCUUCAGUCGGUCACCAGCAUCCAGGAACGCAUCAUGUCCACACCUGGAGGAGAGGAGGCCAUUGAAAGACUCAAGGAAUCAGAAAAAAUCAUUGCUGAGCUCAAUGAAACCUGGGAGGAGAAACUACGGAAGACAGAAGCAAUCCGCAUGGAGAGGGAGGCCCUGCUUGCAGAGAUGGGCGUGGCAAUCCGUGAAGACGGAGGCACUUUGGGCGUGUUCUCUCCUAAAAAGACUCCACACCUGGUCAACCUGAAUGAGGAUCCUCUAAUGUCUGAGUGUCUGCUCUACUAUAUCAAAGAUGGGAUAACAAGGGUCGGUCAGGCUGACGCUGAGAGGAGGCAGGACAUUGUUCUAAGUGGAGCCCACAUCAAGGAAGAACACUGCAUCUUCCGAAGCGAAAGAAAUGCCAAUGGAGAUGUUAUUGUCAUGUUGGUGCCAUGUGAGGGAUCUGAAACCUAUGUCAAUGGCAAACGUGUUGAGGAAGCAAUCCAGCUUCGUUCAGGCAACCGCAUCAUUAUGGGAAAGAACCACGUGUUCCGCUUUAACCACCCGGAGCAGGCUCGAGCUGAACGGGAGAAAACACCGACCGCUGAGACCCCCGUCGAGCCUGUGGACUGGACGUUUGCUCAGCGAGAGCUCCUGGAGAAACAGGGCAUCGACAUGAAGCAGGAAAUGGAGAAAAGGCUCACCGAGAUGGAAAUUUUGUACAAAAAGGAGAAGGAAGAAGCAGACCAGCUUCUGGAGCAACAACGAUUGGUUUACGAGAGCAAACUGCAGGAGCUCCAGAAGCAGGUGGAGACGCGCUCUCUGGUCGCAGAGACGCCCGAUGAGGCAGAGCUGGAGGAGGACGAAGAGGAGGAAGUGCCGUGGACGCAGCAUGAGUUUGAGCUGGCUCAGUGGGCCUUCAGGAAGUGGAGGUACCAUCAGUUCACCUCCCUGCGUGACCAGCUGUGGGGGAACGCCGUGUACCUGAAGGAGGCCAACGCCAUCAGUGUGGAGCUGAAGAAAAAAGUCCAGUUCCAGUUCGUCCUGCUGACAGACACGUUGUACUCUCCACUGCCCCCUGAACUCCUGCCCCCAGAGCCGGAGAAGGAACGCGAUCCGAGACCCUUCCCUCGCACCGUGGUCGCUGUCGAGGUUCAGGACCUGAAGAAUGGAGCUACACACUACUGGUCCCUGGAAAAACUCAAGCAGAGGCUGGAGCAGAUGAGGGAGAUGUACGACCGCGCUGGAGAAAUGGCCUCCACUCACCAGGACGGCGAUGGAGAGGGAACUCUGACAGGAAACGACCCGUUCUACGACCGUUUCCACUGGUUUAAGCUUGUUGGGAGCUCUCCCAUCUUCAACGGCUGCGUCAACGAGCACCUGGCCGACCGAACGCCCUCGCCCACGUUCUCCACCUCCGACUCUGAGAUCACUGAGCUGGCGGACGAGCGCCAGAGCGAGAUGUCGGACUUCAUAGACGACGAGGCGUUUGUGGACGACACGAGCUCGGAUGCGGGCACCGAAGAGGGCUCGGACAUCUUCAGCGACGGGCAGGACCCCUUCUACGACCGCUCCCCCUGGUUCAUCCUGGUGGGAAGAGCUUUUGUGUACCUGAGCAACCUGCUGUAUCCUGUGCCGCUUGUUCACCGGGUUGCCAUAGUUACAGAAAAGGGCGAGGUGCGAGGCUUCCUGCGCGUGGGGGUCCAGGCUAUAGCUGCUGACGAGGAGGCUCCAGAUUACGGGUCUGGGGUUAGACAGUCGGGGACUGCCAAGAUUUCUUUUGAUGAUGAAUACUUCAAAAAGACUGACUUUCCCUCUACGGUUAUGACCCGCUCUGGCUUGUCCCUGGAGGAAUUGCGCAUUGUGGAGGGUCAGGGUCAGAGCUCAGAGGUCAUCACACCCUCCGAGGAGCUCAACAGAAUCAAUGACAUGGACCUGAAGCUGGGCAACAUCCCAGACGCCAAGCUGAGUCACAGUGAGGGUCUAGCAGGCCAGCUGGAGGUGGGGAGCUUCUUCACCUUCCGCGUGACUGUCCUCCAGGCCAGCGGCGUCCCACCCGAGUACGCCGACAUCUUUUGCCAAUUCAAUUUUCUCCAUCGCCACGAUGAGGCUUUCUCCACCGAGCCGCUGAAGAACACCGGCAAAGGAGCUCCGCUGGGUUUCUACCAUGUCCAGAAUGUUUCAGUGGAGGUCACAGAGUCUUUUAUUGAGUACAUUAAGAGCAAGCCCAUCGUGUUCGAGGUGUUCGGCCACUAUCAGCAGCACCCGCUGCACAUCCACGGCCAGGACCUGAUCAGUCCUCCAACACCGUCACGGAAAUACUACCCCAUCCCCAUGCCUCUGUCCAAACCAGUUCCAGCCACCAAGCUGAACACCAUCACCAAGUCGAACCUGGGUCAGUGUGUCAGCAAGUAUGACCUGCUCAUCUGGUUCGAGAUAAGUGAACUGGAGCCGACCGGAGAGUACAUCCCGGCUAUAGUGGAUCACAGUGCCGGAUUGCCCUGCCAUGGCACCUACCUUUUGCACCAGGGGAUCCAGCGGAGGAUCACAGUGACUCUUAUACAUGAGAAAGGCAGCGAGCUCCACUGGAAGGAUGUUCGUGAGCUGGUUGUAGGUCGUAUCAGGAACAAGGCCGAGGUGGACGACAGCGCAGCCGACGCCGUCUUGUCCCUGAACAUCAUUUCUGCCAAGAAUAUCAAGUCAUCCCACAACACUAACAGAACGUUCUAUCGUUUUGAAGCUGUGUGGGACAGCUCGCUGCACAACUCCCUCCUUCUGAACCGAGUCACUCCAUAUGGAGAGAAGAUCUACAUGACUCUGUCUGCAUAUCUGGAGCUGGACCACUGCAUCCAGCCCGCCAUCAUCACUAAAGACAUCUGCAUGGUGUUCUACUCCCGGGACGCUAAGAUCUCCCCGCCGCGUUCUCUCAGGAACCUCUUUGGGAGUGGGUACUCCAAAACUCCUGACUGCAAUCGCGUCACCGGCAUCUAUGAGCUCAGCCUGUGCAAGAUGUCCGACACCGGAAGCCCUGGAAUGCAGCGGAGGAGGAGGAAGGUUCUGGAUACUUCAGUGGCCUACGUGCGAGGGGAGGAGAACCUGGCCGGAUGGAGGCCCAGAGGGGACAGUUUGAUCCUGGAGCACCAGUGGGAGCUGGAGAAACUCGAGCAGCUGCAUGAGGUGGAGAAGACCCGUCACCUCCUCCUGCUGAGGGAGAAGCUGGUAGAGGCGCCUCCUGUGGGAACGACUCCCAUCGCCAAGUCCCUGAGCGAGUCUCUGUCCCCCAGCAUGAGCUCGGGGACCCUGUCCACCUCCACCUCCAUCUCCUCGCAGAUCUCCAGCGCCACUUGCGAAAGCGCCAUCACGCCCAGUGAGAGCAGCGGCUACGACUCGGCGGACAUUGAGAGCCUGGUGGACCGCGAGAAGGAGCUCGCCUCCAAGUGUCUGCGCCUGCUGACGCACACCUUCAACAGCGAAUACAGCCAGGUGGUGAACAGCAUCAGCGACUGCAAGCUGUCUGACAUCUCGCCUAUCGGACGAGACCCAUCGGUGACCAGCUUAAGCAGCGCCACCCUCACGCCCUCGUCCACGUGCCCCUCCCUGGCUGACUCCCGCUGCAGCUCCUUAGACCAAAAGACCCCAGAGAACAACUCCCGUGCCUCCAGUCCCUCCUGCUCGGACUAUGAGAACUUCCCAAUGGUUCCCACUCUGGAGAUGUCCUACCUUGCUCGGGCUGGAAAGAACGAGUUCUUAAACUUGGUGCCUGAUAUUGAGGAAAUGAGGCCGGGGUCUGUGGUGUCUAAGAAAGGUUUCCUCAGCUUCAUGGAGCCGCGCUCCAACACGUGGGUGAAGCACUUUGUGGUCGUUCGCCGCCCGUACGUCUUCAUCUACAACAGCGACAAGGACCCGGUGGAGCGAGGCGUCCUCAACCUCUCCACAGCCCAGGUGGAAUACAGCGAAGACCAGCAGGCCAUGCUUAAGACUCCCAACACGUUUGCGGUGUGCACAAAGCAUCGAGGAAUCCUUCUGCAGGCCAACAAUGAGAAAGAUAUGAACGACUGGCUGUACGCCUUUAACCCUCUGCUGGCAGGAACGAUAAGAUCGAAGCUGGCGAGGAGGCGCAGCGGCCUGACGAAGAACUGAGUGGAGCCGAGGAACCCCCGCGGCUCUCGCUCUCUCUGAGCAGCCUUUGAUCAAACAAAGUGUUAACACUUAUUAAUCAUUGUGAGUCUUAAAGGUUUCCUCUUGUAAGUAGACUUGUGGCUUAAGUCUCUACUUUUCAUGCGACUAAACGUUUAAGCUCCGUUGAACUUUGCCUCUCCCCGGCCCAUCCCCUCCCGUCCCUCCGGCACCCCGAGCUCUUCUUCUUCUCCUCCCCUCCUCGGCUCUUUUGUGUUUUAAAUUUUUACGACGGGUCUGAUUUCUUUCCGCUUUGUCGUCAUUCCUGAACUUCCUGACUUGUAGCAUGUCGUAGUAGUCUACUUGUGUGUGCACGGCUCUCCAAAAAUCUAAUUUUCAGUUUGCCAAUCAUCUGUAAAAAAAAAAAAAAAAAAAAGAAAAAAAAUCUUAUCAGUGUUAUUUGUCUCCCAAAAUAAGUUUAAUUUAACUUUUUGCUUUUUGGUUUUUGAUAACGUGCUCGGAUAAGAAGUGCAGCAGCAGUCCCCAGGAGAACACCAGGUUUGCUUCUUGAAAACAACUCAAAUUACAAAAAAAAGAAAAAGAAGUUAAAAAUCUGCAAAUAUAUCAAAGCAAUCUCUUAGUUAUGCUCUAUUACUUACUAUUGGUAUUGCUUUCCUUUUUUUAUUGUUAGCUAGUAGGAAAUUGCGAAGCGAAACUUAAAAUUACAAGCGAAAUCCUGUCGAGCUCAGCACCGAAUCAUCCGUGAUGCUUGGAUCCCUCCUCUCAGCCACUGUACAUA